AAGGUACGCACCUGGACUGAUCGUACUGGUGCAUUCAAGGUCGAGGCUCAAUACCUUGCAAUUCACGCCGGAAAGAUCAGACUGCACAAGAUUAACGGUGUAAAGAUCGAUGUGCCUGUUCAGAAGAUGUGUGCCGAAGACUUGUACUUUAUCGAAAGCGAAACGGGUAUGAAGCUA